GCGUGAUCCGAGAUCAGUACAGAAACAAAAAGGGAGUUCAAUUGAUAAGAGAUUCUCAGAAGAGACAGAGUGCCCAUACGUAUAGAGAGAGAGACACACACAAAAAGUAGAGAGAGAGAGAGAGGGGGUUUUGGAUCGGAGAAGACGCACUAUCCUACUCCAAUAACUCGCCGCCGGUCAUUCUUCUUGCCGCCGGUGAAUGCCUCUGUUACUCUCUCGAUGUAGGUCACAUGCAGUUCAACAUUGCUGAUUUUCGAUUUUACUGCUACUGUCGCUGGUUGAGUACCUCCAUCUAAUUAUUUCAUUCUGUGACAGUUAUUGAUAAAAGUGAGAAUUGAUCGAUGGUUGUGCGGGGUAAUCUUAACCCUCUUGUUGGUACCGGCAAUUGAAUUCAGUGCUUCCUGGAGGGAGAAGUUAAUGACUUUUGAUAUCUUUUAACACUUUCUCCUUCCUUGAGGAUAAUGUCUCCAAAGUUGAACACACCUGUUCAAACCCAGAUGGCUGUUCCUUUAUUUAGAAGCUCCUACGGCGGUGAUUAUGAAGGGAAUGGCAGAUCGGAAGGGAAACCUGCUAAGAGACGGGUGUUUGUGCAAACUGAAACUGGUUGUGUCUUGGGAAUGGAGUUAGAUCGUGGAGAUAAUGUCCAUACAGUGAAAAGGAGGCUGCAACUUUCCCUCAACGUUCCUACUGAUGAGAGUUCUUUGACAUUCGGUGAUAUGAUAUUGAACAAUGAUCUCAGUUCAAUUCAAAAUUACUCCCCACUUCUGCUAACCAGAAAUCUCAUGCACAGAAGCUCAUCAACUCCCUGUCUUUCACCCACUGGGAAAGCUCUCCAACAAAGAGACAAGAGUGGUGUUAUUGAGAUUCUUGGACGAUCGAAACUCUUUGCUAGAACAAAUGAAUUGGUUAAAGAUAUUGUGAAGGCAAUUAAGUAUGGAGUUGAACCUAUUCCUGUCAACAGUGGGCUUGGUGGUGCUUAUUACUUCAGCAACCUCAAAGGUGAGAGUAUUGCAAUCGUGAAACCAACAGAUGAGGAACCUUUUGCACCAAACAACCCCAAAGGAUUGGUAGGCAAAGCCCUUGGACUGCCGGGCAUGAAGCACUCUGUUAGGGUCGGUGAAACAGGAUAUCGAGAAGUAGCUGCCUACCUUUUGGAUCAUGAUCACUUUGCCAAGGUUCCCCCAACUGCUCUUGUAAAGAUCACACAUUCUAUCUUUAAUGUCAAUGAUAGUGUUAACGGUAACAAACUUAAGAACAAAACCGUGGUUAGCAAAAUUGCUUCUCUCCAGCAAUUCAUCCCGCAUGACUAUGAUGCUAGUGAUCACGGGAGCUCAAGUUUUCCAGUUGCUGCUGUACACAGAAUAGGAAUACUAGACAUCAGGCUUUUUAACACUGACAGGCAUGCAGGUAAUCUUCUGGUCAAAAAACUUGACGGUGUUGGAAAAUUUGGUCAGGUUGAACUUGUACCAAUUGAUCAUGGCCUUAGUUUACCAGAGAGCUUGGAAGACCCGUAUUUUGAGUGGAUACACUGGCCUCAGGCUUCUAUUCCCUUCUCAGAGGAGGAACUUGAGUACAUAAGUAAUCUUGAUCCUUUUCGUGAAUCUGAAAUGCUGCGGACUGAAUUACCCAUGAUUCGAGAGGCAUGCUUACGGGUUCUGAUACUUUGCACAAUUUUUCUUAAAGAAGCAGCAGCUUUUGGGCUCUGCCUUGCUGAUAUUGGUGGGAUGAUGAGCAGAGAGUUUCAAAAUAAUGUGGAGGAACCUAGUGAGCUUGAACUUAUAUGCCUGGAAGCAAGGAAGGCCAUAGCAGAUAAAGAAAUAUCAUAUACAGAGUCUCGAUAUAGAGGUAGAUAUUCAUCUGACUUAGAUUUUGAAGAUGCAGUGAUAGCCACUACCCCAAUCUUAUCACAGGAGUCUUUGAGUGGAUCUCCGUUUCAGUAUGAGAUUAAAGGAUUAAAUGGCUGGAAUCCACUUUUUAAACUAGAUGAAAGCAUUGAGGAACCAACAGCAGAUGAGGUGCUAACUAGCGAAGUUCUGACCAAGAUGCACCAAAAUCAGGGCUGUGAUCCAUCUACUAUUUCCAGGCUCUCUUUGUCUUUGAAAAGGUUUGGGUUUAGUGAGAAAUGCCAGCGAAGCAGGAGCGGGAAACAAGAAGCUACUUAUCCAUUGGAUACUACAUUCGGGGUCAGAAAAAGUGCCAAGGAGUUGCUGCCUCAGACGACAAACUUUGUGAAAUUGGCAGACAUGAAUGAAGACGAGUGGAUUAUGUUCUUGGACACCUUUGUUGAACUUCUUUUCCCGGCGCUUGUUGAUAGGAAAUCAUUAAGCAUUAGCUCAAGAUGGAACCAGAGGCUCGGUGCCUCUUGUCAGUUUUGAGACACUUGGCCACAUGCUUAUCUUAAUAAAGGACACAGAGAGAACUAUUACCGUGUUAGUCUGUUGUGUAAGGUGAAGAUAUAUGUUAUGAUGUUAAUAGCCUGGUUUUCUUUUGCAAAAUAGUUUGUUUCGUCUAUAGAGUGUAUAUAGUUUCAGACCAGUGAAUCAGUUAUCAGGAUGUUGAGUUCAUUUUUGCAUAUAUAUAAAGAAGACUUUGCAAUCUUA